ACAUUAGCACCGGGCUGAGAGCUCGCUCAGUGUGGAGGGAGAGGUCGACCGGGACGUAGGCAGUCAUUCUGUCCGGCGGAGAGAAGCAAGGAUGUUUCUCUUCGAAAAGCCGUCCAUUUAAAACCGCGUCGUUAAAUUUAAGGACUAAAGUAAGGACGGUGAAUCCGCCUCGCAGUGACCGGCUGGGGCAGAUGAAUGUGCGGUGUCUCCGGCUGUAGUAACGUCUGUCUUUGUUCGGCUGAGGCGUCUCUCCUUCACCUCCACCAUGGAUCAUUUAGAGAAGGAGCACAGGUCGGACGACGAGGCUGAGUAUGAAGACGAGGAGGUGGACCCCAGAAUUCAGGGUGAGCUGGAGAAACUCAACCAGUCCACAGAUGAUAUCAACCGAUGCGAAACAGAACUUGAGGAUGCAAGGCAAAAGUUCCGUUCAGUUCUGGUGGAGGCCACAGUGAAGCUGGAUGAACUUGUGAAGAAGAUUGGCAAGGCCGUCGAGGAGUCAAAGCCUUAUUGGGAAGCCCGUAAAUUGGCUAGACAGGCCCAGCUGGAGGCCCAGAAGGCCACUCAGGACUUCCAAAGAUCCACAGAGGUUCUGCGGGCUGCGAAGGAGACCAUCUCCCUGGCCGAACAGAGGCUCCUGGAGGAAGACAACCGGCAGUUUGACUCUGCCUGGCAGGAGAUGCUGAACCAUGCUACCCAACGGGUGAUGGAGGCAGAGCACACCAAAACGAGAAGCGAACUGGUGCACAAGGAGACAGCCGCCAAAUAUACCACAGCCAUCAGCCGCAUGAAACAGCUGGAGAAGAAACUCAAACGCACUAUCAGCAAGUCCAAGCCCUACUUUGAAAUGAAGGCGAAGUACUAUCUACAGCUGGAGAACCUGAAGAAGAAUGUGGACGAGCGGCAGGCCAAGCUGUCUCAGGCCAAGGGAGAGUACAAGACAGCCCUCAGAAACCUGGAGAUGAUCUCAGAUGAGAUCCAUGAGCGGCGCAGAAGCUCCGCCAUGGGCCCGAGGGAACGCGGCGUUGGAGCCGAGGGCGACAGCGUUUCAGGGGACGACAUCUCCAGCUUUAAGAUGGAGUCGGACGGAAUAUCCAUGGCGUCGGUGUGCUUUGAUGAUGAUCCGUGCGGUGGAGGCAGCAUCAUGUCCGAAGAAGACUCAGAGACUCACUCCAGCUACAGCCUGGGUUCGUCUCCCAGCAGCCCCCAGGAGCUCCAGUCGCCCUGCCUGUUCGCCAGCUCCUCUUCCUCCUGCAUGUCCUCCUCCUCCACCUCUCCGUCACCCACCCCCUCCUCCUCGUCCUCCACGUCCUCCCCGUCCCCUCUGUCCAGGCCCUGCAGUCUGGACCUUCCCAGCCCCGUGUCACUGUCAGACUUCGGGCUCAUCUCACCGGUGCUCGGCCCUCGCAGUGAGUGCAGCGGAGCUUCGUCACCUGAAUGCGACAUGGACAGAGGUGACCGGGCCGAAGGUGCAGAGGGAGAUCUGGACAACCCUCCAGCCAGCAACAACAACACUUCAAGUUCCAGCGCCAAGAAGAGCUUCAGCCUGGAAGCACGCUUCAGCUUUCUGAACCUGCGACGCCCACGAGCCAAUCAAAACACAGCCAGCUGUCCCCAGAAAACAGAGCCUGGGCAGACCCUGGUCCUGGUCAAAGGAGUCUGAGGAACAAAAAGAGAACUUUGAGAUGGAGCGGCCUCCACUCAUUCUGAACUUUAUAAACUAUUGCUGUUCGUAGGUUAGCUGCCACUACUGCACUCACAUCAAACAGAGUCAAAGAGACUUGGACUGUAAUAGUCGGUGUGUGUUAAGUUUCCUGUGGCAGUGACAGGAGGGACUCCUUCAAUAUCUGAACUCUGGUGCCUGAGAAACAAAGAGCACUGUUAUGUUGAAAAUGUCUUGGUUAAAGGUGAUGAAAGGAAAUAGUUCUAAGUUAUUAUCCAUGUUAUUUUGUACCCUAAAAGCUGAAAAAAUAAAUAAAAAUGUUUGUCAGAAAAUCAACCAUACACUCGCUGCUUGCUACCUUCCACCUUCAGAUCAUGUGAAACCUACUGUACAGAAUAUCUGACAGCAGAGAUUAUCAAAUGGCACAUAGCAUGCUGUAAACCAUCCAGAGACAUGUUCUGCUUACUUCAACAGUUGAAAGUCACAUGUGGAGAUGUUCAAUAAAUAACUAACCUCUAAUGAUCCGAUAUAUGCUCCUAUAUCUGACGUUAUCUGUGUGACCUUGUAGAGUUUCAGCUUCACAUGUUAAAAACGCUUUAUUUUCUACAGAAACAAUAUAAUAUGAUGGACUUUGCCAACAUGACAACCUUUAUGUAGAUGUUUGUGUAUCUGACGUUGACUAGAACUCCUCUAUAUUUGUGCUUCUCAGAUUUAAGCAGGUCACAAUUUAAUGUUUUUGUGAUAAACAAGAAAGAAAAGUGCCAUUAUCCUGUGAUUGCUACUUGUGCUCACCGUAUGUUGCAAUUUUAAAUUUAAAGUUUAUUGAACCUGUAACCACAUGAGAGCAGUAAAGAUGAGUCAUUUGCCAAACAACAGCUUAAAUGUUUGGGAAUUGUCUAGUAAAAAAAAAAAAAAAAAAGUUAAACAUUAUCUUGCCACUUUCGGAUUUACAUAAUUUAAUUUGUUAUUUCAUAACUAUCCGUAGAUCAUUUAUCAUGGAUGUGUUAUUAUUGGUCAGGCAAAAAAUGGUUUCUUAAUCCACCAAACCUUUAAAAGACGAAACUAUUCAUUGCAUUUUUUCCCCCUCCAUCUUGCCAUGUAAUGGACACUCCAUCACUGUAGCAUUGGGAGACGUCAGCACCACUAAAGUUUAGUGUAAACAAGAAACCCCAAGUUACAGAAAGACUUGACUAGUUGCUUCAUUUAGAAGUUGGAACGUGAGAUCACAGAUCACUUUUACAUUCAGUAUUUUGGUUUUUUAAACACAUGAAAAGGAGGUAAAUGUUCUUGCAGUUUGAGCCAAAUAAACUUCAUGUAUGGAAAGUGAAGUUCCAAAUGGUAUUUAUCUGUUUUCCUUUGUCUUAAACCAGUUUAUUUUGUUCCUUUGAGUUUCUCACUGUCAGCAAAUCUCAUAAAAAGACCAAAACCAACCAUCUUUUAUUUAGUUGGUAUUUAAGCGUCAGUUCAUUUUGUAGUCCUAGGAUUUUGAAUCUGAUAACACAGCGUAUUGUAGGAGCCAUAAUAACAGAUGUUUAAAGGUAUUCUGUAUAUUGAUCCACAUUCUUUUGAAGAGUAAACGGGCUGAGUCAUCAAGGCAGGUUGUGUCUCGGACUGUGUUACUCAUCAGAAGGAUCAGUGCGUCUGUUAAAGUUCUGCAAUUCAAUGCCACAUUUUAAAUAAAAGAAAUAAUAAUCA